AUGGCCCUAACUGCCCACGAGCUCAGCCAUUAUUUGGCCGACGCACCGCCCAGUGUGGUGCGGCUGGAGAUCUCCAAGCACUUUGACCCUCUCUCCGACAGCCAAAAGCGCUAUGCCCACUUCAUCAGCAGGGCUGCCUUUGCCGGCCAGCGGAUAGUUCUCCGGCAGGUAUCCCCCGAAGCGGAAGCCAUCUACGAUUUCAUCCUGGCCCUCAAUGAGACUGCCAAUGGUGACUGGAAGGCUUUGGCCCAGAAGGCCGGGAUCGAAGAGCCUCACCUGGCAGCUUUUCUCGAGUAUGCGGCCCAGUUUCUUGGAAACGGUGGCAACUACAAGAGCUUUGGUGACUCCAAGUUUAUCCCUCGAGCCCCGGAGUCUGCCUUUGCCGCUCUAGCAGAGACGUCGCCCUCCGCCGCGAAGCACUACGCCGCAACGAAGGGAGGCAUAUUCUCUGCCGGCUCGGCUGGACUCCUGCACCUGGGCUACACCGACGAGGGCCACCUGACGACGUACUACCCCGACUCGCCCGACAUCACCCAGGCAGAGAUCUCGGCUGUGGCCAAGUGGACCGAGAAGAUGAGCCUUCUGCCUGAAAAUACUCGCUUGCGCAAGCAGAAGGGCAGUAACGUCUACGAGCUGCUUAUCGCCUCUGCCGUGACGGCGCCUCCCGCUGAUGGCGGCGACCUGAAGAGCACCCAGACAGAAUUCGCCAUCGACGAUGCUGAUGGCCCAUUGAAAGGCGCCACUAUCCGUCUCGUGUACGGGGACUACGCGACCGAGAUGGCCGCCAUCUCUAGAUACAUUGCCAAGGCUGCCGAAAACGCCGACAACGAGACGCAGAAGAAAAUGCAUCUGGCCUAUGCACACUCCUUCCACGACGGCUCGCUGCUCGCCUUCAAAGACAGCCAGCGCUUCUGGAUUCGCGACAAGGGCCCAAUGGUCGAGUGCAACAUCGGUUUCAUCGAGACCUACCGCGAUCCGGCCGGCACCCGUGGCGAGUGGGAGGGCUUUGCUGCCGUUGUCAACCUCGAGCGCACACGCGCCUUUGGCGGUCUCGUAAAGGCCGCCCCGACGCUGAUACCGCUGCUGCCGUGGACUGCAGACUUCGAGAAGGACGUGUUCCUAUCGCCCGACUUCACGUCGCUUGAGGUGCUCACCUUUUGCAGCUCCGGAAUCCCGGCCGGUAUUAAUAUUCCCAACUACGACGACAUCCGCCAGACCGAGGGCUUCAAGAAUGUUUCACUAGGCAACGUCUUGAGUGCCAAGGCCGCCAACGAGAAGAUUCCCUUCAUCCGUGACGAAGACCUCGAGCUUUACCAAAAGUAUCGCGACGGUGCCUUCGAGGUCCAAGUCGGCCUACACGAGCUCACCGGCCACGGCUGUGGCAAGCUACUCCAAGAGACGAGUACAGGUGUCUUCAACUUCGACCAUGACCACCCGCCGGUGAGCCCGCUUACGGGCAAACCGGUCACGUCUUGGUACAAGCCCGGCCAGACCUGGGGAUCCGUUUUCGGUGGCCUUGCUGGUGCAUACGAAGAGUGCCGCGCCGAGCUGGUCGCCAUGUUCCUCAGCUGCGAGUUCCCCGUGCUCAAGAUUUUUGGCUUUGGCAACGGCACUGUCGACAUCAAUGGCGAGGCAGGUGACGUUUUGUAUGCAUCCUAUCUCUCCAUGGCCAGAGCCGGCCUCACUUCGGUGGAGUUUUGGGACCCAAAGGGUCUAAAAUGGGGACAGCCGCACUCUGUGAGCGAUUACCUCCAAAAGUUGCACAUCUACAAGGCAACUGCCGAUGUCACCAACGGCACCGACUUCUUUGCCGGCAAGAUGUCCAGCGUCGGACUAGAGUACUGGGGCACCAAGGUUCGCGACGUUGUACUAAAGAACAAGCAGCCGCGCAAAGUCUUUGUGCAAGCCAACACAUAUCUGGACGAGGCUACUGGCAAGGUCACACUGAAGGAAUACGACCCAACCCCAGAGGGCCUGAUCCAAAGCUGGGCCGAUCGGGGAUAA